AGCCAACUUUCAAGAUGGCGACGUCCAUUGAGAUACCUCUGAGAGAUACAGAGGACGAGGUAUAGUAGAAUUUACUUACUCUUUCAAUAAAAUCAUGGAAUCUUCUUAUUCUGAGAGUACUUUUUUCUGUUAAGGUUAUAGAGCUCCAGUUUGACCAGCUACCCGAAGGAGAUGAGGUUCUAAACAUUCUACGACAAGAAAGUGCCCAACUUCAAAUAUGGAUCACGCUUGCGGUAUAUGAACAUUUUUUGUCCGAUGUUCACUGUCAGUGGUGUUCAGAUUUGAGUUUAAAAUUGUAGCCUACCAGUGUAACUUUAAUAGGAUUUGCUUGUUGACAAAGAGGAUGCGAAAUUCAUGAAGUUUCCAAUCGUUCCUUUGAUGGCCUGGCCGUGAUCAUGCUUGCUAUCAGUCUAAUCGGUUUACGGUCAGUUCGCUCCUUUAGUAUCAAAUCAGAUCCACCAAAUCACGAGAAUAGUUGCUUUAGCUCGUAAGGAAUUCAAAGAAUGAAACUCUCUGACAGUGUGUUUCUCAGUCAUUUGAGCUUUUUAAAGGUAGCUGUCGUCUUGAACUCAAGGAAGCUCUUGUUUUGACUUUGUCAGCUUGCUUCUCUUAAAAGUCUGCAAUAAUGAGUUUGCCUCUACUAAACAGAUCCAGCAUCAAAUUAGUCUUGCUACUACAAUGCAGAUAUUCCCUAAGUUCAUGUACAUGAUGAACAUGUAAAGUAUAUGUCAGGCAUAUUCUAUACAUGCCAACUCCAUGGGAAUACUGCUUCAGUAUUGAAUUUUAAUAAUUCUGCAGGUACGCUGAAACAAAGUAAGUAAAGACACUGUACUGUAGUUAGAGAUCUGGAUGACAAAUCCCUAUUCAGUAUGCUGUCCAUUAUUUAGGAUAUAUAUUGGCUGCAAAGUGGCUAUUAUUUAUCCAGUGGAAAAAUUCAGGGCUUUUGAUAGCUCUUAAGCAGGCUAAAUCGGGUGGCAGCUCUAGACAACAGGAAGGUGUUUGACUGCAAAUGGACAUCUGUUCACUACCUCCAAAAGGCUCUGCUGUAUUAUGAUAGUGAUUAACAUUGUUACUCUUACAGCUCCAGUAUUACAAACAAGGGAAAUCUGAUGAUUUUGUCAAAAUUCUUGAAGCUGCAAGAACAGGCAAGUCAGAUAGCUUCAUUGUAUCAGCGGCUUACUGUAGUUUGCGAAACGAAAUGGAGCUAAACACAACGAAACGAAAUGAAAAUCUGUAGUUUGCGAAAUGAAAAUCUGUAGUUUGUGAAAUGUAAAUCUGUAGUUUGCGAAAUGAAAAUUUGUAGUUUGCAAAAUGAGAAUCUGCAGUUUGCAAAAUGAGAAUCUGUAGUUUACGAAAUGACAAUCUGUAGUUUAGGAAAUGACAAUUUACUUCCUCACUGCAUCUACUUGGAUAUUCUAAACAGAAAAUUCCCCCCCAAAAAGCUGUUUCGCCCAGAAAAUUCAGAUUGCGCGGAAUGUGUGACGUUUUCGUUGCCAUGUAUAAACUUAAGCUCAGGCAUUUUUGAGCGACGGACAGCAACCGGAAGCAAGACCUCUUUCCUUUUUAUAUGCCUUGAUGCCACCACAUUUGUAUUGAUAAGUGUCAUUACUCUUAUAGAGAUGAUCUGCCUGAAAAUUUGCCCAAGAACCACUGCCCAAGAAUGCAAAAAGUCCACUUCCGGUGGCAGUUGAAACGCGUUAUCUUAACCAGAAACGUCACACGAUAUUCAAACGAACCGAUAAAAUACAUCAUUGUGGUUUUGCUGUUUACUUUUGAACAUGGUGGUUUUAACGUUUUGUAAAGAUAAACAAAUGCAGGAAAAACAGUAUUUCCAGCAGAAGUUUUUGUUGUUUAAGUGUCAUUUGACGGUAGGAAUUCCCUAUGGAGGAAAGUCAUUGUUUCUUCUUGAUCGUGAAGCUAUUCGCCGAUGGAUAACUGCAGCCUGUUCAUCCGACAUAAAGAAUAUCACAAGCAACUAGCUACAAAUACAGGCUAAGGAGCCAUUCACUACAGCAAUCCAGGCAUAAGUAUAGCUUCUUCUCUAGUUCAGCAAAAGCAGCUGGCGGCUUCAAAGAACUUCAUAACAACCGUAACAUGAGUUUCCGAAUGGCGACCGAGGGGAUAGUUUUCCUCUAUUGUUCGUACCUUUGCAACUGCGCCAAAAAUCCAAAUUUCACAAACUGCAGAUUUUCAUUUCGCAAACUACAGAUUCGCAUUUCGCAAACUACAGUAAGCCUGUAUCAGCUACAUGUACAUGCAGUUUUCUUUAUAUGAUGCAUACUGCACUGUAAUGUUCCCAGAAACAAUUGCGGUGUUCCAGUCCUCUUCUUUUUCUAAAGUGGUGAAUGUAGGACAUUAUCAACAUUUUCAUUGUUUUCAUCAUAACUAUUACAUAUUAAUGACACCAAUUACGUGUACGACAACAAUUAUUGUUGUUGUUGUACAUGUUAUUGGUAUCACUUAUCAUUUUACUUGUUAUAAUCAUGAUCAUAAUCAUUGUCAAGGUCAUUAUCAUCACUUUCUUUAAGGCAAGUCUGAAAUUACAGGUCAUAUUCCACUAAGUCUUGUUAGAGUACCAGUCACCGUGCUUAAGAUACUAAAGGUGAAAAACAAGGCCCCAAGGUUAGCCUCAGGAACAUCCCCUAUUUGGAAAUGUCAUGCUUGAACCUUCCUCUCACAAGACAAGAGUCUCCUCUCUCAAGAUGAGACUUUUGUCUCUCAAGGCAAGCCUCACAUCUCUUGAGAUGGCAACUUAUUUGUGAAAGGUACUGCAAAUUAAGUGUUUUUUCUUUGUUUUGGUUUUUUUUUUUUACAACAGAUGCCAAUCGUAAUUACCGUGAUAGUGAAAAGGGCCAGAUGGUAUGCCUGGAUACCUUGGCUGCCUUUUAUGUCCAACAGGCAAGGAAAGAGAGGAACAAGGAGACCAAAAAAGAACUAUUUACAAAGGUAAUUUGAAACUUUCCGCUCAGACUAUACGGGGUAGAUGUUGUGGUUCCAUUUUAUUCUUUGUUCAAAUUAAUUUUUAUUUGUUAGGUUCAAACUAUCAUUAUCAUACUCAAAAACAAUAGGCUUGCUUUAAGGCUUAUUUUGCCUUUUAGCAAGCUGUCCAUUUCGGGGAUAUUGUGAGAAGUCACACAUAAGUGCCCCUUGUGGUUUAGUCACUUGCUCGUGUUCUCUCAUGGCUCAUUUCACUGAUGACUUGAAAUGGAAAGCUUGCUUCCUGGAUGGGCUUAAUUUGAACCACUGGAGUGUGUACAUGUUAUAAGUCAAAUUUGAUUUUAGGCUAAAUUUGUUUAGCCUACAGUUGUAGGUUGAGAAUCAAGACAAUACUGUCUUAUUCGUAUUGACUUGUAACAUACACCCCCUCAGGGCUUGAAGUUAACAUUUUCAUUCAGGCAUCAGCUGGUGACCUUAUCAGUAGUUAAGGUGACUCACCAGUUGGUAACCAUCAUAAAAUAUUAUAGUCACCAGGGCUCAAUUUUUAGUCGUACUAGUAACCACUGAGUCGCAAUUUCAAGCCCUGAACUUAGGUACAGUGCAGCCCAGAGUCACAAAGAAACAAAUAAUAUUAUUGGUUGCAGUACAUUUGUACAAUCUCUAUACUGUAUCUUAGUCUGCAUGCAUCAACAAUGCAUCUGAUUGGUUCAUUCUCUCAGCUGCCUUUAACUGUAAUGCAACAGCUUCAUUAAAGCACAUUGAAGUAAGGUUUGGGCAAAAAGGAACAGUGUGCAAGUAUGGGAACACUACAGAACUUUAAGCUUUAUAAUGCUAUGUUCUUCUUCAUUUCAGUCAACAUCACUAUAUUCCACAGCAGACAAGAUUAUCAUGUAUGACCAGGUAAAGUCUGUCACUGUACUUAACUGUAACGCCAACAGGUUUUACAGGUACACUGUAGUUGUGGCAGUUUCACAUGUAUUUGCAAAUUUUGAACUUUCCUAAUAAAAACAAAGAAAUCCAAAUAUAGAUUGAAAGACGAUUUUGUCAAAAUUUAUUUUUGGAGUUGUGCUUCUUGUGGAAAUCAGAAAUCAUUACAACCAGCUCUUUCUAAGACAGACACGUUUUGGGACUGGCACUACAUGCAAAUAUGUCCAUCUUAGAAAGAUGUCCGUCUCGUAGUGCAGAUUCAAAUAAAGGGAGUACAUGACCAACUCCAGGUUUUUGUUUUUCCAAGGUGUCAAUUUUAUAGAGCUGUCUGUUAAGACAGAGUUGACUAUAAUACAUGUAAACACAGUUAAACCUACAAUGUACAUUACAUGUGCCUACCAUCUAUUUAGUGGCCAUUCAACAGAGUUCUUGGACAUAACUUCUACUAAAUGAUCAACCUUUGUUAAGCAGUCACUAACUUGUCUCUUCCUUGAUGGAGGCUGCUUCACUCCCAAAAGCAGCCAAAGUCAAAAUUCCCUGAAAUUUCCAAAUUUUAUCCUUUGACAUGCUUAUGGGAGAGAAGUUCCACUUCGGCAGCGUGACCGAGUGGUCAGCGCGUCGGACUCGCAAUCCGGCGGUCCCGGGUUCGAGUCCCGCUCUGGCCACUUGCUGGAUUUGUGCUCGGUCGUCCCGAGUUCAAUUUCUCGGCCACGCUUGUAAAUAGCCAACUGGUUGCCUUCUGCCAGUUGGGGUUUUUAAUCCUGUUAUGUUGUAUUUGAAUUAUUUGUUUCUAAAUAUUUGAGUGGAGUGCCUGUAAAUUAGCUGGACAAGCUAAGUGCAAUUUCCACUAUAAACAAGCCUUUAACCUUUUUUUUUUUUGGAACUGCUUACUGUACAUUUAUGUACACCAUACCUCACGUUCUGUUUCUGGAUUUUCUUUUCAGAAUCACUUGCUUGGCAGGGCAUACUUCUGUCUCCUGGAAGGAGAUAAAAUGGAACAGGCAGAUGCACAGUUCAACUUUGUGUUGGCUCAGGUAAGACAAUUUUGUUGUGAUUAAUUUUGUCUUUUAAAUGUUAUUCUCUCCCUACAUGAACAAAGACUGCUGGCAAGUGCACACAGGUUCAUGUAGUAGGGUGCUGUAGUCCUUGGGGAGGCUUAGAACAGUGCUGGAUCCAGACCUUGAGAUAAGGGGUGGGGGGCAGUCAUCCAGACCCUUAGAUAAGGGGGGGGGGGGGCCUUCAGGGCCAGGUUGCAUAAAACCUUCUUAAGAUAAGAGGGCUCUUAACUUUUGUUCGGAAACAAUAGUUACAAGUUCCCUUAAUCUUAAGAUGUUUUUGCAACCCGACCCUGGGCCUCAGUUUGGUCUAAAAAUAAGAAGGGGCCCGGCUCCCCUGGAUCCACCACUGUAUUAUUACAUAUACACCUGUAGCUUUUUUGCAAUGUCAGGCAUAAUCAAAAGAAAAGGCAGGGAUGUCGCUAAGCACCGGCUGAAAAAGAGCUCAAAUUGCAAAUGAAAACAAAGACAGGGGAAUUUUAGAGAUGCAGUUGAGUAAAAAAGCCAGCUUGACUAAUAAAAAAGCCUGCUCACCUUUUCCUUAGCUAGAUUUUGUUGCAAAUAGUUAUGGUGAGUCCUGGGACUCAUCUUGUGAAAAAUCAUGAGUCCCUGUCAAUAACCAAUGAGUCUCAGUUUAAAAAAGAUGAGGCGGAAAUUGAAAAUGUUUGGGCCUCUUUGUAACCAGACAGUUAAACUGAAGCAGACUCCAAAACUCCGUAUACAGUAUACUGAAGCUAAAAUAUAGUCCUCCUAUUUUAAAGCAUAACAAAAGCUAAAAGAAAAUAAUAUGCAUUGUUAAACAACAGCCAUAAGAACUGCCACAGAAAUUACAUGAGUGGGAUAUUUCUACAAAUACACAUGUUCAAAUCGAUUGAUCAAUCUUUGUAUCCUACAGCACGCAUGCCAUGAAUUAUUUUGUGUGUUUCAAGCAGCCCUCCCCCCCUUGUACUUGUGCUUGCAUGACUGUAUUAUAACUGUAUCAUUUUUGUUCUUUUUGUGUAAACAACAGUCGGGAAACAACAUCCCAGCCUUGUUAGGUAGGUAACAAUAAUUACCCUCUGCUCCAUCUUGUUUCUUAGUGGAAAUAAUACUGGCUGAUUAGGGGUUCAAUUUUCUGAAGUUAGAUUGUUUGUUUUUUUUCUUCCUGAGCAUGUUAAUUCUUUGCAAAGCAAGCUUUAUAAAUUUUCGUGGAAAUCCAUGUUACAGGUUGUACAUGGGAAUCAUGCAUGGAUCUCUUAAUCAAUACAGUAAAAUUGCGGACAACCAAAACUGCAUGGCCGUACUUCAGAUGCUGUAAUUUAUUAAUUAUUAUCAGGAAAAGAAAUGGCAAUGUUUUGGGUAGAUUGUGACCAGAAAUGGGCUUGACUAGCUUCAAGUAGCAUUUUUAACAAAAAGUUGAGCAUGAGUUACUAGUUACAAAGUACAUGUAAGCAUGAUCGUGUUCACAAAAAUGUUUUGUAUUGCUUGCAGGAAAAGCCUGUAUAUCAUUUAACAAGAGGGACUACAAGGGAUCUCUUGCAUAUUACAAAAAGGCAUUGAGAACAAAUCCAAAUUGUCCAGGUAGGUGAUUGUCUGAUACAAUUUACAGUAAUAACAUGUAAAUAAAUAAAAGAAACUUUGGGGCUGGUGAUGUGAAAAUGAGAGAUCAGCUUGUUAUCAAUACUGACCAUGUGUCAAAUAUAUUUGUAGAAUAACAUUGUACACCAUAGCCUGUAUCACAGACGUAAUUCAACCUCGGUUAGUAAUGAAGCAGCUCUGAAAUCCUUGUUCUAGGUCUGCAAUGGACUCAACAAAUUACCUGAAAUGUGUUUCAAAUUUCCUUUCAACCUGAUGGCCAUAUUGACAAUGGCUUUUUAACAGGCCAAUCAUGGCACGUACUCAAAUCCUGGUACACAGGUGGGGGCCUAGAACAAGGAUUUCAGCACUGUUUUGGACUUAACCACAGUUUACAAAAAAUCGACAGCUGUAGUUUCGUCUGUGGUGCAGGCUACAGCUGUAUGUACACCACAGCACUGUGACAGCUCUGUGAAAAUAUUAUACUUUUGUACGCUCAGAUCUUGUUCCACAACUUUGCGACAACUAUGCUGAAGAAUGUCAUUUCUUAUACCAGCGAAUAUUUGUUAUUGUAGUAUUAUAAAAUACUGCUCCAAAGUAAGUUUCCAGUUGCUUCUCAUUUCCUGCGGAUGAGAAUUGCAUCACAUGCUGCGCAAUUCUCAUCGCAUGCUAUGAGAAUCGCAUAGCGCAAGAAUCAUUUUAAGCGGCAAUUUUUUUCAUAAGUCCAGCGAGAAACCAACAAAAAAAUUUCACUUAGUAGUACCUCAAAGACUGAGGAAAAGGGGCGUUCUUUCGAAAAGCUUUGUUUUAGCACACUGUUUAGUUUUUGGAUUUGUUAGUGACUGACAUUUGACACUGCAUUUGAUCAUGACGUUUGGUUGCCGAAAUGUAGCACGUGAUGGGAUCGAGAGGGUGGCAACUUACGUUGUGUUGGUUUUUAAAUGUUGCUACAAAGAUACACCCAUUACAUGUACAUGACUGACCCUUCAUGUUAUCCCACAGCAUCUGUCCGGUUAGGAAUGGGGCACUGCUUUGUUAAGCUUGGUAAAAUGGAUAAAGCAAGGUAAGAAAUAUCUAUUUAAAAUAUGGACUGACAGUGUAUUAUCUACAUGACUGUGUGCAUUUAAAUAUUUUGUGACCUCUCACACAAAAACGUGAGGAAACAUAAGGAACAUUUUCAUGUGAGAGGUCAUAUUUUUCAUCAGAAGAAUAAUUAUGUUUCAAAUAAUUAAAAAUUACUCUAGUUGUUGCUUUAGAACAAGUCAACUUUGUAACAUCUAUGAGAAGAGUUUGCAACAAAAUAUGUCCAUGAUUUUUAAACUCACCCAGGCUGAGUAACUACAAUGACUGUAUGCAUGUAAGAUGUGUCAGCAUGCAGGUUGGGUGAAGAUAGAGUACAUUUAGUAUCACACUUAAAAUGCCAGUCUUCAGAACUUAGAACCUCAGACCCUGGUGGUCUGACCUCUGAUCUUUGACUUACUGUUGUUGUUCCCUAAGCAAGAAGAUUUAUGUCAUUGUAUCAGUGGCUUAAUGCUGGCCAAUCAUAGGUGUAUGCCUGUUAGAUAUAAGAACUAUGAUCUAAUUCCGCUUCUGUUACUCUUCCAGGUUGGCUUUUGAGAGAGCUCUUAGUUUAGAUCUUCAUUGUACAGGAGCAAUGACAGGGCUUGCUAUCCUUGAAUUGAACUCAAAAAAGGUAGGAAGUGGUUCGUUUAGCAUUCAUUUCCUAACAUCUCUUACUGAAAUCAGAAAAAACUUAUCUUAGGUUUACUUGGACAAAACCUUUCCUCAGUAGAAGGGUCACCCUUCCUUCUGGCUGGCCGUGCCAAAGUGUUUAAUGCAGAAAAGUUGUUGCCCACCUAGAAUAGCUUUGCUAAUUGUUGGGGACAUAGUCCUAAAUUAUUUGCAAAUUGAAUAAACAGUUGUUGUUGUUGUUGUUGUUGUUGUUGUUGUUGUUGCUAUAAGAGGGUGAUGGGUGAUCUAGCUAGGCAAGUUACCCUUCUAGCUACGCCGACUUUUUUGUUUCUUAUAUGCACUUAAUGGUUUUCCAAGCUUUGUAAGGAAAUGUACAUGUAUGAAAAGUUGGCUUGCCAAGAGUAGCCCAGGUAGGUGGGCGACCCUUUUAUCUUGGACAAGUUUUCUCCAUAGUCAUAAAUGGGGCCUUAGUUAACUACACAUAGCAGAGAUUCCAACCCUCCCAUUUUGGCCUAAAACCUCCCAUUUUCGCUUAAUAUUCUCGCAGUUUUUGAAACUUUUCCUAGCUAAAGAAAGAUAAUGUUUUCUUUGUUGAUUCUUUGCCAUUUUCUGUGGUUUGUCAGUAAUGUUUUAUAUCUUUUGGCAUGCAAGCAUGAUCCUGUGAUAAUUUUGGGCAUGGUUACGCAUUGACUGUGAUCUCAAAAUGCAGGAAAUGGCAUCUUAGAGGCACAUAUCGUAAAUUUUUUCCUGGGGGAGUAUGCCCCCAGACCACCCUAGAGGCUCAUGGGAGUGGCUAUGCUGCUCCUAAAACCUCCCUCUUUUUAGUUGACGGGGUUGGAAUCUCUGAUUUAGGUAUAUCGUGUCUAUGUUGUAAGCUGUAUCGUGGAAUCUUUUUCUUAUCUGUAGCUUAUUACAGUAUUAUCAAUGCAUGUUUAAAUCUUUGUUUUAUCAUAGGUGGACUCUAUUAAAAAUGGGGUUCAACUGUUGUCAAGAGCAUAUACACUGGACAGCUCUAAUCCUAUGGUUCUCAAUCAUCUGGCAAACCAUUUCUUCUUUAAGAAGGUACAUGUAAACAGUAUGGUUUGUGCUCUUAACCAUCCUACAUUAAUGAUAAUUGUUAUUCCCUGUUUAGUGUUAAAAGCCCAACCAUUCAAUGUUUGUAUGAAAAAUGCUGGUACAGGAAGUUGAUGACUAAGUCAUUGCUAUUGUAGUUGCCUUUUUAGGACUUGAAAAAAUAAUGUGAAUAUUUCCAGGUUGUCCUUUCAAGCAAGCAGCUCUCGCAUUUUAGCUUACCUGGGCCCACUUCUUGCUCUAGUCCAACUGUUGUCAACUAAAAUGGUUCACUUUUAUGAUAAAAGCAUGAAACUUUGCGUCGCUUUCUAGUUUGAAGAAAAGGAUUUAAGAUGUUUACACUCACAAUACUCUAUCUUCUUAUGUUCUCCCAGCCAGUGGGGUAUAGGGUGAUACUUAUGUGCUUGUUUUGGGGGAGAGGGGCAAAGGGCAGUUAAGGUUGGGGGGGGGGUCUAUUAUUUAUGGUAUUCCAUUUGAUUUUGGGGACAAGAUAUCAUCUGGGACAUUGUCCUGUCUCCUGCUCCAGUUGCAUUAUUUAUUUAUUCCAUUUUCUUUUCUUUUUGUUUUCUUUAUGUAACGUAUUUUAUGUUUUUGUGUACCUAUUAAGUGAUAACAUGCAACAAAUUCAAUAAAGUAAAGUAAAAUACUUGCCCAGCAAGAAAAUCUACCUGUCCCAGACUACCGUAGGGGAUUUUUUGUGAGCCCUAUUCUUACCUCCAUGAAUGAUCAUCUUAGAGAACUUAGUUAACUGUUCAACAAUUCUGUCUUGAACUUUCUCUGACAGGAGUAUAACAAAGUCCAGCAUUUGGCUCUUCAUGCAUUUCAUGGUACUGAAGUAGAGGCCAUGCAGGCAGAGAGUUGUUAUCAAAUAGCUAGAGCUUUUCAUGUCCAAGUAAGCUGCUCCAAUUUUCUAUGACCACUUUCCAGUUCUCUUUUCCUUGCAAUUUUUCCCAGCUUUCUUAAAAAAAAUCCAGGUUAUACGGCUGUUUGUUGUCCUAAGCCCUGUGGCAAAAAUUUAAAAGGAAAUAAAACAAAAAACAUCGAGUCAAGUUAUUUCUUCUGUUUGUGGUAUGGUCCCUUGAGGAAGUGUAGUCUGCAGUAAUGUUUUGUUUCUGCCCAGUUUGAUUAAGCUCAUUAUCUUGCAAGUGAAAUAUAAAUUAUUUUUUGAAAUUGAAAACCUAUUUGAUUAUUUUGGUAUGUUUAUUCAUGGUUGUGCUGUUCAAUUUAAGGGCGAUUAUGACCAGGCUUUUCAGUACUACUAUCAAGCCACACAGUUUGCAUCACCUAACUUCAUUCUUCCUCAUUUUGGUCUUGGACAAAUGUACAUUGCAAGAGGCGACACAAACAAUGUGAGUAUAACCUGAAAUAGAUUUGCAGUGGAACCCUGUUAAUCGUGGUUGUAAUAACAAGGUGGUCCCACUAACGGGGUCUUCAAAAUAAUAAAUGACUCGGUGAUCUUUACGUCAGUGUUGAAAGAAUAAUGGUCCUAAUAACAAGUUGGUCUUAUAAAUAGGGUGGUCGUUAGGUGGAUUUCCAGUGUAUUACACAUCAUUAAGUUGAACCUUUAUUAAGUGAGCACCCUCUAUUUAGCCAGCCAGUUAUAAGGUGCAAAAAAGUUAGAUUUGGGCAAGCUGUAGCCAGCAUGUAUUAGCUUAAGAGUUAUUUUAACAAGCCCCCUAAAAAAUUUGAUAAGCAUGAUUGAUUACAGUUCUUCUGUAAUUUAAAUUCCCCAAAAAACUUCACUUGCCCAUUGGGCAACUUAAGAACAGAAUUCAAUAUCCUAAUACAUGUAGCAAAAUCCACUAGCCCCGGGCUAUCAGACAUGCCUUUCUUUGCACGCUGAGUUACCCGAAUGUUGGUGAACAAGAUUGUCAGUAAAUUACACAUAACUGUAAACAAUGCCUCUAGGUGGCCAACCUUUUAUAAGCGGCAUCCUCUUGCCCCUUUACCCAAGGGAGUCUAAUUCAACUCUAUGUAUGAUAGUGUUCUACAUCUUGCCUCUUCCUGCAUUUUUUUUUUUAUAUUUUGUUUGUCCUGUUAUAUUUUUGCACAGGCUGCCCAGUGUUUUGAGAAGGUCCUGAAAGCAACACCUGGUAACUACGAGACACUUAAAAUCUUAGGAUCCCUGUACAGUACAUCAACAGACCUGGACAAAAGAGAAACUGCCAAGGUGAGAACUUAUCUAAAUGGGUAUGUAAUAUAAAAAGCAUUGUACUGCUAAAUCUUUUAUAACUUACAUGUUCACUCUAUCAUAGUGAUCUUCAGUCAAGAGUAUUAGAUUUUCUUGUGGCUUGGACACUUGUUACAACAUUGUGCUCAACCAUACAUGUCAUAAUCUGGAACCUGUCCAGCCCUGAACAAACUACUUCAGAAUUAUUGCAGAUGUUACAGCUCUACAGUAUUGAAGUUGUGACUGACGAUCUCAAAUGAAUUCUCCUUGUUUCGCAAAUGAACAUAAUGCAGUAUGAAAAGAUAAUCAAUCUAGUGUCAUCAUCAUCAUCAUUAGCUUCUUUUCCCCAGUGUGGAAGAGGAUCCUGUUUUUUUUUUUCCAUUGAGGGGUGUUUCGCCCCUGACCAAACCUUCAAACUGGGUUGUCCUUAGUCUGGCCGUUCUUUGUUAACCAGUCUCUCAUGGUAGGACCUAUCAGGGAUAAAAUCCUGCCAGCAUAGUUCAUGGAAUCAUUUAACUUGCAAGACUCACCAUCACAAGAAGGUGACAAGCCCAAGAGGAGAGGACAAGCUAGCACUUAACCAGAGUUCAUGAAGGGCUUUAUGAAUUGAUUAUUCCAGUCCUUACCGUGCAAAAUGGUAUCAGGGUGGCUGGCUACUGCAUGGAAUAUCACAUACAGUAUUCAUACAUACAGUUGAUGGCUUGUUAGACAAAUGAAGUCGAAGCAAUGCCUCAGUCCACACAAUUUGGGAUUCUGCAAUUUGUGAAGGGUAUUAAAGGACACUUAGCAUUUCAAAAUAACUCUGGUUUACCUUUUUAUCCCUGUGGAUUUAAUGUCCUUCCCCAAUUAAUGAAUCCUUACUUGUUUAAAAUUUUAAAAAGUGAUUCUGCCUCAUUUUAUUCAGAAGAAAAACAGUGGUGUUCGAAGGCCAAUUAGAGCUAACCCUGGGUUAUACUUAAAAGCAUUUUCUCAGAAAAUUUUCCCUAUUCUUUUUAGAGCAUCCAGUCAUCAAAUUGUAGACAAAAAGAACUAAACUGAAUUUACCUUUAAAACUUUCAAGUAUGAAUUUAAAUUUCGCACAAACCCAGGAUUAUCUAAACCCAACUUUCAACAACCCAGCCAGGUUGAUCUGAAAGUAAAUUUUUAAUACUUUAUUCUAUUUUGAAAAGAACCAUCUGAAGAAAGUGACUGAAGAGUACCCAGAUGAUGUUGAAGCCUGGAUUGAGUUGGCUGGAAUACUGGAACAGUCAGAUGUACAGGUACAUCAGCCUUACUCGGGUGUUUUAGACCUGGCGGUGGUGGGAGGUACUCAACAAAGUUAUAUACAGGGAGACUCCACCCCGACGCCCAACCCCUUACCCUUUUUUAUAAUAAUAAUAAUUGUCACAUAUAGUGCAAUUUCCAUAAAAAUGCUGGAUUGUGCUUCACAUCCUUUCACAUCCAUAAAAUGUGUCUGUUGGCCCUUUUCGACCCCUUUACAAACCAAAAUGACAGAUUUCCCUACCCUUUUAUAUACUCAACUUGUAAAAUCCCUACCCUUUCAUAUACCUGAAGCCUGGAAAAGGUACCCAUUUUGGGCGGAGCCAUUUUUAUAUUCCUAGACUUAAAUCCUUUUUUUGCAGAACUUGUGGCUAGUGAGAUACACUGUAAUUAUUAUUGGAUUGUUUUUGCAGUCUGCCUUGCAAGCCUAUGGUACAGCUUCCCGUCUUCUGAAGGAGAAGGUAAAGGCUGAUGUACCCCCAGAGAUUCUCAACAAUGUGGGCGCACUUCAUUUUAGACUUGGAAAUCUAAAUGAAGCCAAGGUAAAAGACCAGUAAACUACAAUCGGCGACAAAAUGGUUGAGACAUUCUACUCAAACAGGGUAACUUCAGAGAACAAAAGAAUCCACACCCCUCCCCUUUCCCCUCCAUUCAAAGUUGUGGUGUUUGUUGUUUUCUGUAGGUAGCUCGAACAGUAGCACAACAUUGCAUGGAGGGGAUGGGGGAGGAAAAGCUAUAUUUCUCCCUUUUGAAGUCAGGAAAAUGUCAAAAAGCCCCUCUAGGGUGAACUGUCUCAACUCAUUUUGUCACCGAUUGUAGUAAUGCUGGAAUGAUAAUUUAAAGAUAAUUUUUUUAUCCUUUUCUGCCAGUGGUAUAGGGUUUUAGAAGGGCAAUCCUGAUGUGUUUGCAAGCAGUAUGUUUCUGCUAUUCAUUAACAGUUUCAUUGAUAGAGUUUUAUUUGUAAGUAGAUCCUUUGCUUUCAAUAGUACUGGUAUACUAUUACCCUAAAGCAUUCUUUAGAUAGCCUUAUUUAUCUGCCUUUUAACAGCAUGUGAAUGUUCUUAUUUGCAGAGAUUCUAUGAGUCAUCUCUCGAGAGAUGUAAGCAGGAGAGCCAAGCUGAUGAGAGUUAUUAUAAUGCCAUAUCUGUCACCACAACUUACAACUUAUCUCGCCUGCACGAAGCCAUGUGUGAGUUUGACAAAGCAGAAGCGCUGUACAAGAACAUCCUCAGGGAACAUCCUAACUAUGUGGACUGUAAGUGCCUUGACCAGCACAGUUUAGAACGAGAGUAAAGCCCCGUGCAAACGGAUGCAACAUUAGGGUCCUUACGAAGCUACGACGGGGACGGCAACGAUAGCGUCAACAAGCAAAGCAAUAGGUUUAGUUAGCAAAAAAACAACUCUGCACUUGCAUCACGCUUUUUUGUCCAUUUCUUUGCCGUCCCUACACAACUACGACGUGAAAUGAUCAAAUUUUCUUUUUUUUUUUUUGAGGACGGGAACGGCAAGGCGAUAAAUUCUAUCACAUCUGUCUCAACUGGGGCGCGGUUCCCUUUAUUCAGUUCCAACAUAAAUUUCCAUCUUUUAAGUAACAGGGCGACUUGGGAAAAUCGCGAAGUGGAAGGAUGCGGAGUCUAUUUUUUCAGUGACGUUUUCAUGGACGUUUUAGAUGUUCCCGUUGCUGUCGCCGUCGUAGUUUCGUAAGACCCCUAGUAAUUUUUGACAGCAUAAGUUCCUGUUCAAACAUUUUGAGAUCAGAAGACUGGAUGGAACUGUUUAGUAUUUGCUGUGGUUGAGUAAUAAUUUUAUAUUCUUAACACUUUACAUUUGCAAAGAAAAUAUAGUGGGAUUUCUUUUGUAAACCAAGUUUUAAAACUGACUUCUGUUACUUUAAGGAGUAGCCUAGAUUUAGCGAUACUCGUGGCGUUUGAGAUUUUGAUGUGGUGUAAAUAAUUCUCUGAUUUUUAAUUGUAUGAAUGUUCCUCAUUUUAAUGUUUUUUUUCUUUUUUUUCCGUUUAGGUUAUCUUCGACUUGGUUGCAUGGCACGUGACAGAGGGCAAAUUUACGAAGCAUCUGAUUGGUUUAAGGAAGCCCUUCAAAUUAAUCAGGUACUCUAUGAUUCAAUGCAGUUAACAACAAGUAGCGCCAUCUCUUGUUGUAGCUCAGCGGUCAAUUUGGUGGCUCGAAAGCGGUCAGCCUUGCUUGCAUCAGCUGCAUGUGCUUAGUACACUCGCUUCGUUUAGCCUUUAGAUUGUACAUUUGCUUCCUCCCCUCCCUCGCUUUUAUUUUUCCACUGAUAAAUCAGUUUGACAGGUGCCUGCUCUCAGUGUCUUGGGGGCUCAUGGCUGGAGGGCGCGGGUUUACUAGCCAUCGGGGUUUAACGCUAUCUAAGGGCUGGUUUUGCCAAAAUUGGAAGCCCCUGGACGUCCCAGGCACCCACCUCCACUGGGCGACACAGUUGACUUGUUAACCAAGAUACAGUUUGUUAUACCAAUCCUGUUUCCAGGCUCCCUUUUUUUGUCAGUUGUGGGAAGAAAAAAGACUUAGCAAAGAACAAUGUUGUGGUGCAUUCAUCAAAAAGUUUUCUGACAUCAUGACCGUUUUACGGUAGUCGUGUGGGCAAAUUUCAGUCAUUGUGAUUAACUGUGCCAAUGAUUAGAGAGUUGAGACAAGUAUCGUUAUUCUCUGAGCUGUCAGGGAUUAAAAAGUUUCGUUGAUAAACAGUACGUCAUGUUAAAUCUGCUUUUUGGAUAUUUUGUCCAUCUUAUCUGUCUCGGGUUCUGUAACUUUGUAAUACUCUCAAAAAAAAUUAAUGAAAGAUGUGAAUUGUAGUAUCAUGGGUGACGAAUUUCUCCUUGAUUGUGGCGCGAAAUUUCAGCGUUAAUUUGUAAUUUCACAUGUGAAAAUAUGAAAUUGCCAUGGAAACCUUCGUACGUCUCAGUGCAAAGAUGGCGACGAAGUUUUAAAACUAUAAAUGAAGAUGUCAGGGCAUUAAAAGAAGCUCUAGAAAACCUGAACACACGAAAGAGCACAUCAAGAAGGAUUUUGACAGGUAUUUUGUCGAAAAAUUCUGAAAAAUCUGAACUUAAGCCGAAUUUAAGCUCUAACCUUUUGAGAGAGUGGAGUUCUCGAUCGAUACGAUCCAGGAUAAACAUGUCAAAAAUCCACGAUUGUGAACGUAAUUCGUCACCCAUGAUAUUAAUAGGUAAUCAAAUGGUAUACUCGUGAAAUUAGGACAAACCCUGCUGCUCUCCUCCCCCACAGAAUUCCCCACUCCAGAAACUUCAAGGGGAAUGGGUACAAGCUUUCGGCGCAACUAUUUCUGGGAUCGUUUGAGUUGACAAGCGUUACUUCUGAUUGGCUAAUAGUUGCCUUGGAUACCAUCGACCAAUCAUAACUAACGCUUGCUCACCCAAACGAUCCCAGAAAUAACUACACCCAACGCCGGUACCCAUUCUCCUUAGAGUUUCCGGAGUAGGGAAUUGUAAGGGCUAAAAAUGUUAUUAGAGAGAUUAAGAUUUACGUUUACGCCAAAUAGAAAACGUCAGAUUCAAGUCGGGAAUUUCUCAGAAUAGAAAAUAACCGGAUAAAAACUGUCCGGAACAAUUCUUAUGUGUAAAACUGGCGUGAAACUACUUAUUUUUUAGUUGAAGUAAUAAACUUUUAACGACAAUUAAGGGAAAGACUUGGUCACGUGGUACAAAUUCACGUUUGCCGUUUUGCGUAAACGUGAAUCUUAAUCUCUCUAUGACUUCCUAUAAGUAGCAACAUUUCUUAAUCAAACAAUGCAAUAAGAAAGGUUUUCCAUCAAAACAUAAUGUUCGAAUGACUGCUAGCCAGCAUCAUCAAGUAUGAAUUUAAAAGGUUAGCGAGUUUUCAGUUGUGGUCUCUUAUUCCUUAUGAAAAACAUUUCUGAUUUUUCAAGUGCGACCCCAGUCGUGCAAACUACUACAACUGUAAUUGUUUAAUCGAAGUGAUCAUUACUUAGUGCUAAUAGUUUUGCUUGUUGUUUUUUACAUUAUUAUUGAUAUUUUCCUACAGUUUUUGACAUUCUCCAAUUUCGAGCUAUUCGAACACAAUCGUGAUUUUUUAAAUUCAAACUUGACAAUGAUGGCGAGCAGUUGUCGCGGGCGACAAGAGGAGCCCGCAAUCCUCAUCUCCAGGUUGUUAUUGCGCAUGCGUUGCAUGUGUGGAGCCAGCAUUCGUUUGGAAUUCCACGGAGAAUGAAUGGACUACACAGAACGCAAUCUGAUCACGCGUGUUUUGACCAACUGUCACAUGAAACUUACGCAAAGCACAGCGAUAGACCAAAGCGUUUUGACCUUCGAUCGUUGUCGCCUGCACUUUGUAAUCUUUGGUUAUUACUAGUAAUACUGUUUUUCUCUUCUAACUGGUCAUAGAAAACAGUUGAGGCCUCUUGGUCAGCCACUUUACACCUUGCCUGUUUUUCGUUCAACAGGAUCAUCCAGACGCGUGGUCACUGAUUGGAAAUCUUCAUUUGGCCAAGCAGGAGUGGGGGCCUGGGCAGAAGAAAUUUGAGCGAAUCUUGAAGCAACCUUCAACAGCUAACGAUGCGUAUUCGCUAUUGGCGCUUGGGAAUGUAUGGCUACAAACACUUCACACCCCUACACGAGACAGAUCCAAAGAGAAAAGACAUCAGGACAGAGCACUGGCUUUGUAUAAACAAGUGCUGAGAAAUGAUUCCAGAAAUUUGUAUGCAGCCAAUGGAAUUGGUUAGUUUUGCAUGAUUCGUCGCUUGUGACAUAUCAUUUUCCUUCGUCCAAACUAUGUCCCACUUAACCUACAAAUACGUAUAUCGCAGAAUGUGAUGCAGUAUUUAGUUUGGGUUCAAUUUUUUAAAUCUUCGGCCAUGUGGUUGCCUGCCACCAGUUGUGGUUUUUAAUCCUGGUAUGUUUUUUUGGAUUAUUCCUUUCAAAUUUUUUUAGCGGAGUGCCAGUAAAAUAGCAGAACACUAUAAAACGAGGUAUCUGUUACAGCAAAUUUCUUUCUUUACUCCAACCUCGUAUGGAGCUUAAAAGCUGAUUUAAAAGGUAAACUGCAUUAGCUACUUUUUGAAUUGAAAAAAAGAACUUAUCAACUUAAUUUAAAACUUUUAUGAGGUCUCGUCUUACUCCUACCCGGCUAACGUUUGAUGUAUUUUAAAUAAAUAUGAUAAAUAAGCAUUUCCUAAACGUCAACGUGUAUGAGCGUUCUGCCAGGACCAAAAUACUAUGUAGCUCUAUUCAUGGAAUUGAAAAGGUGUCGAUUAUAAUUUAUUACAGGCAAUAGAGCACUUAGGAAGUCAGAAAUUGUUGAUGAUUGUACGUAACUUUUUUGCUUUUCCUUCAGGGUGUAUUCUUGCUCAUAAGAACUUUUUACGGGAGGCUCGCGAUGUUUUUUCUCAGGUAAUUAAUAAUGGCAAAAGGACUGAGUGGAGUCCAAUUCGGCCUGUAAUCAUACGAGUGAUUAACGCGGUCGCCCGAUUGCGAUUGCGAUUGCGGAGCGAAUUGGACGACACAAAAUCCUGUUACUAAUUAAUCAUAGCCAUAACAAAAUUUGUAAUAUUCUAAGCUUUCUGAAAAACACAGGUUAUUCCGAGAGUUUUUUGCGAGAAGUGAAAAUAAAAUCCCAUGUAAUUGCGCGCUCUUGAUGGCGGGUACUGUCCAAUUACUUAGGCAUGAUACGUAUUUUACUAUUAGUGUCGAAAUCAGGACAGGUGAUAGCCAAUCAGGAUUGAGUAUUUUGUUGUAGUAGUGAUUAUUACAAUAAUAUGUAUGGUGAGUGGUAACUACAGCAUAUGGGCAUCAGGACAAACACUCUGUCGAGUUUUUGAUAUAACAGCGUCUCGAAAGAUCAGAAGUUCGCCAAAUUGUAUGGUUGUUAAGAUCCUAUUUUCAACUUCAGAAUAGCACUUUUCGUGACCACCAUGACUCUAAAUUUUGAGUAUUUCGGGUUUUAUCCAGUUUUAGACAGAGUUUUCUUUUCUUUUUCUUAUUCACAUCGUAUUGACAGGUCCGUGAAGCAACUGCUGACAUUCCUGAUGUUUGGCUUAACCUGGCUCAUAUUUACGUGGAGCAAAAGCAGUAUGUGGCGGCUAUCCAGAUGGUAGGACUCGUCUCCAGAUUGCUUUUGAGCUAGUCCAGAAUGUAGCAUUUAAGUGUGAACAGUAUGUGGCAGCUAUCCAGGCCCUGGUUGCGCAAGCGUUGGAUAGUGCCACCCUCGGGAUAAAGCACUGUCCAGCGUAAAAGUAUGAGGAAAAACUAAUUGUCUUAUCCACUGGAUAGUGAUUUAUCCAGUGUAACCUCUAUCUAUUUGUUGAACUACCGGGGCUAGAUGGACAGACUCUUGUGUACACUACCUCUCAACAAAUCCCUAGUCAAACAAAACACAUACACUCAUACUAUAUCUCAGUGUAAACAGUUUAUAAUGGCUUUUUAGAUUGUACGAUUCCCCGGGUUUAGAUGAUACAUCAGCUAAUCCAUAAUCAAACAAGAUGCAAACUGUUGUACCGCAUCUAAGUGUAAACGUGUGUCCGAACAAUAGAUUUUUUGUUGUACCAAACUUUCAGCUUGGAGUGCUAACGUUUGAUCUCGAUUUGUGAUUUGUGAUCUUUUGAGUUCUUGUCUGUUUGAUCAUAUGUAGGUGAAUGUAAGUGGAGUUGUUGUGUAGUGACACUUAAGAUGUUUUAUCAUUCGCUUGCAGUACGAGAACUGCCUGAGAAAGUUCUUCAAGCAUCACAAUGUUGAAGUGUUGCUGUACCUGGCCCGUGCUUAUUUCAAAGCAGGGAAAAUGAAAGAGUGUAAACAAGUGUUACUCAAGGCUCGCCAUAUCGCUCCAAAUGACACCGUCAUGUUGUUUAACAUCUCCCUGGUGCAACAGCGCCUUGCGACGGCCAUUUUAAAAGCUGAAAAGAGCCCACUUAAGGUCGUGCUUGGUGCCGUCAGAGAACUGGAACAAGCUCAAAGGUAACUGGGACAAAUUUGGGAAGUUGUAUGUAAUUCAGUUAGUUUUGGUUACCAAGUGAUCGUGGUAAAGCUGCAAUAACAGGAAAUCAUUCGACAAUGUCGGACAAAAAAACUUAAUCUCUAUUUUGGUUGGACCUUGUUCCUGAUCAAAUUUUACCGUGCAUAAUCUAGAGGUUCCAUAUUGGAAGUGAAGCGCUGCCAGGAGCCCAUAACCCGUUCGAUUGGGAAAUCCGGAUUUCGGAUUUUCCAAUCGAACGCGUCGGAACGGAUUUCACCUCCAAGAAAUCCGUCCUCAGGGUGGAUUUCAAUUAAAAAAUUCACAUCGGGAUCUCAUGGAUUUCCUUUUUAUCGUUCGAUGGAGAAAUCCGAAAAAGGAUUUGCAAAACUAUUCUUGUGAACAGCGGUCUUCUUUUUGCUACUUAUGCGUGCGCGUGCAAGACCGCUGUUCUUAAGGACAGUUUUUCAAACCCUUUUUCGGAUUUCUCAAUCGAACGGUAAAAAAAAAAAAAAAAACCGAACACAUAUAUCUCGGGUUGCGUUCGAUUCGGAAAUCUGGAUUUAGAUUUUAAAAUCCGGAUUUCGUAUUUGCGAUCGAACGCGAAAUCCGAAAAAGAAUUUCAACGCCGAGGUUGCGUUCAUUCGGGAAAUCCGGAUUUAUUAGUUGAUUGCGCAACGUUCAUGUAAUCAAUCCACUUUUCAUAUUAGUACAUGAUGUCCCAUUUUAGAUUAGUGUUUUUGUAGUGAGACGUCCUUGCUUUUGCGAACUUUCGGAAAAUGCUCAUGAUUGAAAUAACAAUAUAAUUUUAAAGAUUUGAAGGCAGUCAUUUAUGAGAAAAUAGUGUGUUGCUAAUCAGAGUACGUUAGUGACUAGAAUGUGGAGGAUUGUCGUAAGCUGGCUUUCAUAAUAGAUCAAUGAACAUAUUCGCUGACGUUUGAGUCAGAGUAGUGUUUGAAUAUUGUAAGGGGUAAUCAUGUUUUGAUGUCGUAUUUCAGGAACUUUACUUGGCUGAGUCAUAAUGGUGAUCGUAUGAAAUUUGACCUGAGUUGGGCUGCGUCAGAGGCCAGGUAUUUGUCAGUGUUUUUAAGUCCAAACAUUUUAUGCUAUUUACGAAUGCAUUCGAGGGUAAUGUCAAUCUAAACUUUCGCAAAAAGCACACACCCCUUUAAGGAGGAGGACUCGCUAAUGAAGGCUUUAGUCUUUGACUGGACAAGGCCGCCAAGCUGCCUACGAGUGACAAUAUUUUCUCAGUAUAAGGUACAGGGCUGUUGUUAAGAGGCGGGGGUCGGGGAGUUCCCCCGGCUACUAUGAACGUGGCCCCCGCCUACUUUCAUGGGAAAAUAGAAGAAAAAUAGAACCAUAAGAAACCCCUAGCUGUUUGAUUCCCCUCCACCUUGUAUUUACCCUGCAACUUGAAAUCUUGGUGACAGCCCUGAAGGUAGACCACUGUCUGAGGCGGACCACUAGAACUCUGCAUCCGGCUAAGAAAUAGCCUCCCACGCAGACGUUCUUCACGCAAAUGUCGUCACGCAUUCCUGCAUUAACGACUCGUUACCGACUGUGGGAGGCAAGAACUGAUCCCGAGGGUAUCCCGUUUUGAUUCAGUUCUUUGUAGUCAAAACACUUUGAUUGGUCGUCAAGACAAGGUUUUGGGUCUCUUCCCGUCUCUCUCUCCCCACCCUCCUCGUUCUCCUCCUCCUCUGACUGUAUCUAAGACAGAAAUAAGAUCUUUUUGUUGGAGUCGCAAAUUACACUUUUUUUGCUUGGUGAUAUAAGUCAUUUGAGUCAUUUUUCCCCCUGUGUGAGGCAGUAUUAAAAGAAGAGAAAGGUAGGUUCUCGCGGCAGUAUAGUCAGAGUUACUUCGUUCCCUCUCAUUUUCUCGUUUUACACUGUGUUUGUUUUGCACAGGCACACAUCGGAUUUGCUGAGUCAGGCGCAGUACCAUGUGUCACGUGCUCGCAAGGUGGACGAGGAGGAACAGCAAGUGCGGCGGAAACAGGAAGAGGAAAAAGAAGCUCUCAGGAAAAAAAGGGAAGAAGAGGAGGUAAGACCCUUAUUUAUUCCUCCUUCCUCAACAGACUUAAUUCACGAUGCCCGCCAUCUUUGCACGCGCUCAAGGACUGAUGGGAUAAAAGCAAUGUCACGUGGUUUUUCAGGGGGCAAACAAGUGAAAAUAAUUGCCAAUGGAAGAAAUCGCGGUUGAGUUUAUUUAUUCUAGACAACAGAAAAUGAAGACCUUUUCAUCUUAAAGACGAUAAUGUCAAAAUAUGGGUGGAAGUGAGUAUUGUUACGUCUUUGUGUGCAGUAGCGAUCGUAGAUGUCCUCAUGGCAAACAGUAAUGACGUAAAUCGUGCCAAAACUCGAUACGUACGUUUUGCAUGACCAUGAAAUCGUCGUCUCGUUUUGAUAGAAUAAACAAACUGAACCGCGAUUACUCGUACUGGCAAAUUUUGUCACUUGUUCAUUCACAAUGAAUGUACCGUUGAAAUAUUUUCAUUCACUCAUGUGCGAUAUGAACAAGAACAGGAAUAGAUCUUGUUGACUUCGAGACGGAAAUGUCACCUAAUAAUUCGAGUAAUAUCUUUUCAUAAGGUUAAGUCAUUCAUUUGAUGAAUACCCCUCCCCCACUCCAAUCUCAAACAAUUCUCCGCGUCCACCAUCCCCUUUAGCUAAUCUUCGGUAAGAGGCUAGAUACGCACGACUUAUUGAAGACCAACUAGACUGCGAUGAAAAGCCAAACCAAUUUUUUAUGAAGAAAACAAUUCACGGUGAGCAAUAUUUAAGAGCUGCUGCCAUGAUCUGUUCUUGUUUUCAGAGACUUAAAAGGGAACAGAAAGAACAGCAAGAGAAAGAACUUCUCGAGAAACGUCAGCAAUUCAAAGAAGCCACAAAGAAUCUGUUGGUGUUUACACCUGAAGAAUUAGCUCCCAAAGAGAAACCGUCAAAAGGAAGAAAGGUAAACUUGAAGCUGUUUAAUCGGCUGUUUUUGUUUGACAGUUGUGAUUGGGUUUAUUGUAUUCUUUUGCAUUGCAUGUUGGCGUUGUGACACUAAGAGCCUGUUUACAUGAAGGUGGGGGACCCCAUGUAGGUGAGGUAACAUGGGGCGGGUUACCCCACCUAACAUGUAAACGUGAUCACAUUAAAAUGAGAGAUUAUAUGGACAGGCGGGUUACCCCACCUAAGCGGGUUACCUCACUUCUCUGGGGUACCCCACCUUCAUGUAAACAGGCCCUAAGCCAAUCUAAAAAAGAGCUAAUAGUGACGUGCACAAGUUUUCCCGCGCUUCAUGUCAGCUACAAUUGUUUGUUUUGAAUUCUUAUUGGUUCCUUGGAUUGUCUUCCCGUGUUGUGAUUGGUUGGUGCAAUAAGCCAAUCUAAAAAACAGCUAAUAAUGACACGCACAAGUUUUCCCGCGCUUCGUGCCAGGUCGAGUACACUUAUUUUCUUUGAAUUCUUAUUGGUUCAUUGGAUUGUCUUCCCGUGUUGUGAUAGGCAAAUCUGAAAAACAGCUAAUAGUGACAUGCACUAGUUUUCUCGCGCUUCGUGCCAGCUACACUUAUUUACUUUGAAUUCUGAUUGGUUCAUUGGAUUGUCUUCUUGCGCUGUGAUUGAUCGGUGUAAUUAUUCGUGUAACGACACUCAGCACUUAGCAAGGGGACAAUUUACCACAGGCUUAGAGAGAUAAACGUGGUAAACAUUUUUGUGAAAUGAGUUAACAGGGAUCUAUUAAAGCAUUUCACAACAUUGUUUACCACGUUUACCUCCCUCUACGCCCGUGGUAAAUUGUCCCCCCAUGUAGCAAGUGUUAUGUUGUUUCAGGUUUCUUCUCAUGUUUUCUGUUUUCUUUGUAUUCACAGAAAAAGACCGCUGAUGAUUUUGUUGCUAGUAAUGAGGAAGAAAGUGACGAUGAAGGAGUUGAAAAUGAGGAUGAAGAAGGAAAAAAAGUGAAGAAACCGAAAGUUAAGAAGGAAAGAAAACGGUAAGAAAAGCUUUUAAAGCUUCUGGCAUAACUGCGUGUUAUAUCACUGUUAAAUUGGUAACUUACUUCUUGGCCACUGGACACAAAUACAAUGGUAUUGACCGACAAACUGCAUAACCACUGUGGAAAAAUGAUCUGGAAAUGUCAGUUGUCAGUUGGAACGCAAGUCUCGUUUCUUUCUCUGUCCCCCAUUAUUUAUUUUCUUCCAGUGUUGUUUUCUUGUUUUGUUCUUUGUUGUAUAAAGCGUAAAUGCACCACCCAUAAAAUGCGUAGGCAAUAUAUAAGCAGUAGCAAGUGCGCAUAGAAAUGCCAAUCUGGCGAGGGCCAGUCUGGUUCACCGCCUGUCUCCGACGUUGUCGGUCGGAAGCUGUGGCUUCCUCAAUCUUUGAGGUCUCCCUUGUAGACAUCCUUGAAGCGAAGCUGUGGUCUGCCUGUGGGACUAGUUCCUUGAGACAGCUCUUCGUGAAUGAGCUCCUUUGGCAUUCGGUCAUCGUCCAUUCGGACAACCUGACCAAGCCAGCGCAUUCAUCUCUGCUUUAACAUGAGAGGUUUACUUUUUCUAAGACGUCUUCAUUGGUCACCUUGUACUGCCAAUGAUAUUUAGGAGACGUUUGAGGCCGCGCAUGUAAAAUGUGUUUAGUUUGCGUUUCUGGUGGGACCAAAGGGUGCAGGACUCGUUACUGUCAGCUUCGUAUGUUCAGUCACCGGUAGUAACAGCGGUUUUAUUCAGGACCAGCUCACCCAGACGUCAUUUUUCACCUACUUAUGAUAACAGCAUUGAUAUGCACGUGAAACACGGAGUGAUAUUUCUCUUUGUUUGUUUGUUUGGUGUUCUGCUCAUUGAUGAUCGAUUUGGAUACAAGCCUGAAAGCACUCAAAAAUUGUUUUGCAACUUUGUUUUCUCUCAGAAGGAAAAGACGUGUCAAGGAAGAGGGAGAUGAAAAUGCACCGAAGAAAAAGAGGUAAGUGCUUAGCAACAAUGCAGGACACUACAUGUAAUACUUUGGCAAUUCAUGUCGCUCUUCUUAAAGGGGGUAUGUCAUAAAGAUAUUGCUGUUUUAGGUUAAUUCUGUGCUGAAGUCUUUACCCCAUACACAAAAUGCUCUUGAAGAGCUAUAUAUAAAGAAGAUAUGAAACAAAUUUCACCAGGGAGCACUAACCAUGAUAAUUCUUUUGGUGUGAUUUUUGCAGGCACAGCAUGAAACCUUUCAAUUUUCAAUCCAUGUCCAUCUUUGCGAUUCGUACCAACAGAUGACAGAAGACAGUUUAGUGGCAAAAUAUAGUCUUAAAAAACGAAACUGGGUCAUUUUUUGUGAAAUUCAAUUGAUACGAAAAACGUUUUAUCUUUUGAAAAAGAAAGCAAAUAACGUGACAUAGGCCCUUUAAACAAAGUGACCGUUUAAUUUUUAAAUCGUAGCAACUUUGACUCCCAAAAGUCAGUCACUGUCAACAACAACAACAGUCCUAUUCAGGACUACGUUCACCCGGGCGAUCAUACUCAACCUACUUAUGAAAUACUGGUAUUCUCCACGUUGUUCUAUGUAGACUCCUAACAUUUCUAAUGUCGAGGGUUUGUUCAAAAUUUCUACUAUCACCAAGCCACACUAACUGGUAACAAUUCAUGAUGUAUCAUAUCUUUGUUACAGAAGCCGUAAGCAGAAAACUGAACCAAAAGAGAAGAAACCUGCCGAGGAGAAGCUGGGAGCAAAACAGCGACUUAAAGUAAAAUCCAAAGCGUUCGUUUCUUCUUCAGAGGACUCGUCAGAUUCAGAGGCCGAGAAACUCAAGAUCGCUGACGUGUAAGUACUUACAGUACGAGUAAACGGAAUAUUUCACAAGAAAGUGUUUUGCUUAAAUACACUCGAGCAUGUAUUAACGGUAACCUUUCCACAGUGAAACAGAUAAAACUUUAAAAAGGUAAAGGCGCACACGAGCAAAAGGCCCAAAAGGCCGGAGCUAAUACCGGUUCAUGUCUAGGAGUAUUGGUACCCAUCCCUCACCCCCUGGACAGGUUUCUAGUCCAUCGCAGGGUUACCCCCAGGCGUAUGUUGCUGGUUAUCUUUUAUACACCUGGGUGAAGAGAGACAAAAUGGACUAAGGUUCCCUGUCUACGGAACUAACGUGAUGGGCGAGGCUUGAACCUCCGACCUCCAGAUCCGGAACCGCUCGGCCACACAGGCCUCCACAGAUGAAAUUUGAUUCCCCGUGAAACAAAAAGAAUAAUAGUUACAGUUAUGGAUGACAGAAAUAGAGAAAUAAACGUUCUCUUUAAUUGGAGGGGUGUUAUUUGCUGUAUGGUCAGCCAGACUGGGAUCUACAGAUUUGUGACAUCAGGUCCAAAACACGGUUUUUUUAAAAAGUGAGUAUACGGCAAACAAGCGCGGUUUUUCUUACCUUUCAUAGAGGAAGUGAUGACGAAGACAUGAGUGGCAAAUCUGAUGCAGGAAAAAGCGACAAUGAAGAGGAAAUUGAAAAAGAACAGAAGGGAGACAGUAGCGAAGAAGCAGAAGAAAAACCGCAAAGUGGAAGGAAACGAUUACUGUCGAGUGACGACGACGAUGAUGAUGAUGAAAACAUCAAUGAUGAGGAGGAAGAAAAACCACAAGAUGAUAAUGAUGAUGAUCAGCAGCCGUCCACAAGUCAAGAGACACCUAAAAAGAAGAGCAAAAAACUUAUUAGCUCGUGA